UAAGUAGAUGCGGAAGGGCCACAGUAGCUCACAUGACAACCAGCUGGCACCCCGUGCUGAUCACUGCCAGGGACUUGCCCAUAAUGCACUGCUGCAUGUGCAUUUAGACCAAUAUUUGCCAUAAGCUUCAUAUGGGGUUAUUGGAAUUCGUGCUUGUCUAAACAAGGUAGCAUCGGUAUUGAGAGAAACACAGCGUAGACGUCGUGAGGCCGAGGUGUUAUGGCGCCCAACACGGAAGAACCGAAGGUUGUGGCUGCCUCUGAGGUCUCUACCCCGGAGGUCCUCAACGGACCCAAAGAUACGAAGCUGCUUGAUGGCGAUGAGAAGACUUACGAUGACCCGGAGGCGAAGCAAGAGAAAAUUAAAUACCCGCGCUCCGUCGCCUUCAUCAUCGGCACAGAGUUCUGCGAGAGAUUUUCUUACUAUGGCAUGAAAGCUAUCUUGACGCUAUACCUUCACAAUGAACUUAAAUAUUCUGAAGAUGACUCCACAGUCAUAUACCAUGUCUGGUCAAUGCUCUGUUAUUUUACUCCAAUCUUGGGUGCCAUCAUUGCAGACACCUUCCUAGGGCGCUUCAGGACAAUUUUUUACAUCUCCAUUAUCUAUGUGAUGGGAAAUGCUGUUCUUUCCAUCUCUGCUGUGCCUCCCAUUUUCCCGGACCUUGGUGCAAAGAUAGGAGUGUCGUUAACUGGACUCUUUCUGAUAGCAGUUGGAACAGGAGGCAUUAAACCUUGCGUGUCAGCCUUUGGAGGAGACCAGUUUGUAGUUCCUCAGCAAGAACGGCAGCUGACACAGUUCUUCUCCAUCUUUUACUUCAGUAUCAAUGCUGGCUCAUUAAUUUCUACAUACGUAACUCCUAUCCUGAGAGAUAACAUCCACUGCUUUGGCAGUGACUGCUAUUCUCUUGCAUUUGGAGUUCCAGCAGUUCUGAUGUUGAUUGCUCUUUUAAUCUUUGUGCUUGGAUACAUUACACGGCUGUACAAGAUGUAUCCAGCUAAUGGUAGUGCAUUGACCGACGUCUGUCGCUGCAUAGCGCACGCAAUCUCCCGGAAAUUCAAGUCAAAAGAAAAGAAGAACCACUGGUUAGAUCAUGCUAGUGACAAGUUCGACAAGGAACUCAUUAACGAUGUUAAAGUCUUGCUCAAAAUUCUCUUGCUGUAUAUUCCACUGCCAUUCUUCUGGGCCUUGUUUGAUCAACAGGGGUCAAGGUGGACAUUUCAAGCAACUCGUAUGGAUGGACAAAUUGGUGAAUAUACACUGAAGCCAGACCAGAUGCAAGUAGUGAACCCACUGUUCAUCCUACUAUUUAUCCCAGUGUUUGAUACCUUUGUGUAUCCUCUGCUGGCUCGCUGCAAUCUACUCAAGAGACAACUACCGAGGAUGUUUGUUGGUGGUGUCUUGGCAGGAGUGGCUUUCCUCGUCUCAGGAUUCUUAGAACUUAAGCUUCAGACAACAUACCCUGUAGCUCUGAAUAGUGGAGAAACAAGAGUAUCAUUCAUCAAUGGUUUGCCGUGUGAAGUUAAUGUUGAUGUUCCAUGGGACGAAAAAAGUAUCACGUUGCCUGAACUACAAGACCAUAUAUUCAAGAGCAUCCCGAUAAAUGAAGCAAACAUGACUGUGAACAUUAGUUUACAUUUUGAUAAAAGUAACUGUGGAAAUGUUAAGGAUGGCCAUGAUCUUUACGAAAUAACUCUAGCUGAUAAAACGGCACAUGCUGUUUUGAUCACAGCCGACACUUCUUUUGCUCAGGUGGUCAAUAUUGAGCCGCCAGAUGAUUUUAUGAAGUCUCAAAGUGGACUUCCAAAGCUAAGGAUGCUGUUCAACCUUGGUAUGGUCCACUUCAACUCAUCUGUGCAUCUGGUGGGGAAAUUUGAUACCUAUGAUUUUCCUAUUGAAGAAACACCCCAGGGAUACAUCUCUGGUACAGAAUUCCAGGAAGUUGAGCCUGACAGCUAUAAAGUUUUUGUACCGAACCGUGAGGGUGAUCCUGUGGAGAUCUUGAAUACGAGACUUCAUGUGAAACUGGGUGGUGUCUAUAACUUCUUGGUACAGAAAUCUCUUGAUGACACUAAUAAUUCUACGACAAUGAAACUGUUUGAAGUUACUCCAUCGAACUCGGUGCACAUAUUAUGGCUGCUUCCCCAGUACAUCAUUAUCACCAUCUCGGAAAUUAUGUUUUCCAUUACUGGCCUCGAGUUUUCAUUUACACAGGCCCCCAGUAGCAUGAAGUCUGUCCUGCAAGCUGCCUGGCUUCUUACUGUGUCCUUUGGUAAUUUGAUUGUGGUAAUCAUUGCAGAAGCUAAGUUCUUUAAAAGCCAGGCAAUGGAGUUCUUCUUGUUUGCUGUACUUAUGUUUGUCGAUAUGAUCAUAUUUGCUGCGCUUGCUGUGACGUACAGGUAUGUUGAUGAAGUAAAGGAUGAUGAUGCAAGUGGGAAGCGCCAGGGAGUUGAUAACGAGUGCUUCUCCGACGAUGAAACAAAAUUCUGAAACAAAAAUAAUAUUAAGUUAGCACUAUUUCUUAUGUAUCGAGUUUUAGCUUUUGUAAUAUUUGUCCUAGUCUUUAUUUUCUAUUUUGAAAGAUUAGUACUUCCUGUUAGAAAUACUUUUUUUUUAAAAAAAAAAAAAAAAAAAAUUGUGAUUGAAUAUAUAUGUAUAUUAUGCAGUACUGUACAGUGUAUACAGAAUAUUUUAUUUAGUGAAUAAAUUUGUAUAUAAUUUGUAUUAGUAUAUUUGUACUUGUGAUAGAUGUUAAAGUAAUUCAGAUAAUAUAUUUUUAAAUUAUUUCUUGGAUGCAAAACAGUAUAGCUAUGUAAAAAUGAUCUGAAAUAUUUUGGGCUAUUCUUUGGUCCUGUAAUUUAGUGGUCUACAUCCUCGACUCAACUUGUCCUCUUACAAAUUACGUCUAAAUUUGCCCGUAUGGCCAAAAAUGGACGUAAUUUGAAAAUGAAAAAAAAUGAAAAUAAAUUUUGGAUUUUUUUAAACAAAAAAAUUUAUUCAAUCAAUUCAAUUUUAACAAUAAGAGUAUUGAAUGCGAAAAAAUAUAGAAUUUGCAAUGGGAAAGUGAUGAAAUCAGUACAUCACUUUCGUGAGCUGAUUUCAUUUCAAAUUACGUCCAUUUUUGGCCAUAGAGCACAUACAAGCGAAAAGCGACGUUAUUUUUAAGAGGGCGGGUUGCUCGACUACCUUUUGAGAAUCCCAGAUUAGAUUCCUGGGCAAUUUUCCUUUCACCUGCUGCCUCUGUUCACCAAGCAAUUAAAUAGGUACCCAGGAGAAGGGAAACUAUUGUAGGUCACAUCUUAAGGAAGAUUAGUAGUUGACCUAAGGGGACUUAAUAAGCCAUAGUACAGGCUUCUUGUCCCCAACAAAGGGAAUUGUGCAUUGGGCUUCCAUCAUGCCCAUAAUACCUGAGGAAAUCAUUGUGUAUGUUGCAGUGGAGCCAAUUUCAUUGAAGCUAAUGUUGUGGUUUAAUAUAGUGACCCUUUUCUGGUCAGUAGGUGACAUUCAUUGUUUUGGUUCAAAGGUGAAUACAGUAAUAAAAGUUCAUGGUUAUAUCUGAUGGCAUAUGCCUCAAGAUGCAACAUAUGAAAAGCCAGCAUUGAAUGAAAUGACCCUUUCUGAUAGUGCAAGUGGCUUCCUAAAGCUUUAGAGUAACUGGACCACCUAUGAGUGCUGCCCCAUCCACUGCAGCAGCAGAGCUACCUCCAAAGCUUCAAGGGGAACCACAAGUCCCUAGAAAGCCUCUGUAAUUAGCAACAUUAAUGUAUUUUGACAUUCUCAGCGAGUCGCUGAUGGACGAGUGUACAGUAGAUGUAUUCACCUAGUUGUGUUUGCGGGGGUUGAGCUUUGCUCUUUCGGCCUGCCUCUCAACUGUCAAUCAACUGUUUACUAUUUAGUUUAUUUUUCCCCAAACCA